AAUCCCACAAAGAGAGAGAUUACAAAUGGCCUUCAUGUAAGUGCUGAAGCUUGCCAUACUUAGGGCUGGUAGCCAGCGGCUGGUUAAUAAGUACAGUAAUGGGGUAACAGCGAGAGCUUUAAAAGCCUCUGGAUCCGUCUGGUCUGGAGACCAAGGAAACCAAGUCAAACUGAUCCGUGAGUUUCGCAACCAUGAAAGUGACUUUGCUUCUGUUAUUGGGAUUGGCUGGAAUUUGGGCAGUUCCUGAAGACAACCCAGAGAACAGAUGGGUCAACAACUAUGAUGAGCCUCUUCAUUUCGAGUGUCCCAAUCAUCAGAGCAUCAGCUUAAUUAUCAGCAACCAUGAUAAUAAGAGGGAGGAUCGCGUUUGGGAUUUCAGCUGCAAGGCCACAUUCAGCGAGCAAGGAUCCUGCACUUGGACCGGAUACGUCAAUGACUUUGACCAAGAGUUUACCUUCAGCUGUGCGUUUGGUUCCGUUCUGAGAGGAAUGGACAGUUAUCAUGAUAACAAGAGGGAGGACAGAAGGUGGCAGUUUCUCUGUUGCCAGGGGGAGGUGUCCGUUCAUCACUUGUGCACAUGGAGUGGAUAUGUCAAUCAAUUCGAUGAGUAUUUGAGGUGGGACGCAGACCCCGAUUAUUACCUGGUGGGAGUAUCCAGUUACCAUGACAAUCACAGAGAAGACAGACGCUGGAGGUACCAAUCUUGCAUGAAGAGCUGAUCCUGGCCUGAACCAUCUGUACAGAUUGCAGAGCAAUUGUGCCCUGGUACAAGUACUGAUAUCCAUAUCCUCUACUAAUAAAUGAUGUUACAACAAUAA